GCCGCCAGGGACAUUGCAGAGAUGCCGGUGGCCGUAGGACCAUAUGAGCAGUCACAGCCCAAUUGCUUUGAUAGAGUAAAGAUGGGCUUCAUGAUGGGAUUUGCUGUGGGCAUGGCAGCUGGCGCUCUGUUUUGCACCUUCUCCUGUCUGCGAUUUGGAAUGAGGGGACGGGAGCUAAUAGGCUAAGUUGGGAAGACCAUGAUGUAAAGUGGCGGCACCUUCGGAACGUUUAUGGCCAUUGGGAUAGGAAUUCGAAGUUAAUCUAUCUUGUUUUUU